AUGUUCUUGAUGUCCACCGUCUUCCCUGCCCUACUGGGCUCCAUUAUGGCAUUUAUAACCGAGGCUACCUGCCACUGCAACACAGCAGCCCUCAAUACCACAAGCUUCAACUAUGUGAACAAUGUCGAGAACCAACCCGUCUACGAGAUUGCCAAGAGGUUCAACCGCGGCAUCUGCGACAUUGGUCGCGCGAACCUGAUGGUUGACGUCUCCGUGGUGCCCCAUAUCGGACAGACCAUCAUCAUCCUCGGUCAAGUCUGCAACCCCGACUGGACAUCCUGCAUCAUCGACGGUCCAGGCACCACGGACUGUCUUGUCGGCGGUCCACGUCUAUACUACACUCUAAACGGCGGCGACAGCUGCAACACCAACAUCACCUGCAUCGACGGUAUCUGUCCCGGCGGUGGUGGCAGCCAAUACAGCGCCAACGAGACCAUCCCGGCUGGCCAGUUUAUCAAGAUCCCUAUGUGCUCGCCGAGUACCUGCGAUAUCGAACCUUACACGUUCAGCAAGGGUGUGUUCAAGGAUCUGGCAGAUAAGUAUGGAUCCACGGUCGGUCAGCUACAGAUGCUGAGCCCGACGUACAACUACAACUACAUUGCUAAUGAGGGCGGCACCUACCCUCCUAUUGGGUUGGCGAAGAACUGCCGUUUGUUGUCGUCCAACUACACUGUUUUGAGUUGA